AUGAUAUCUCUUCCUUGCAACACUAAGCGAUCCUCUUCCCCCAAUGUCAAAGUCCGUACAUUCACUCAGCGCGGAGAAGCAGAAAGUUUCGACGACAGCAAGGAGAACAACUUCGAGAAUAAGAAUGUCAGCCCUCCGCGCCGCCAAUGCGAGAAGAGACGUAAACUUGAACGGCACAUCACGGAUAUAUUUGAAAGCCUGGACCUGCCGAGCGUUACGCGUGCCACCUCCCUCUUCGAACCGACAAAGCUUUCUCGUACAGAGGCAUGCUCGAUGGAUAUCGACCGAUCAAUCUUCUCGGAGAUGGAGGAACUGAGCAGCCUACCGAGCACACUCUCUGCUUCACCCUCAAUUGACCCAGCCGGGAUUGCUGGCGAAAUGGCAGACACAGCAGACUGCGCUAUACCACCAUCUCCCUCAUACUUGAGACACAGCUAUCGUACAUGCAUUCCCGUCCUCACCUCAGAAUAUACCUUAAGUCAUCUCUCUGAAGAUCCUGAGCUUUACGCAGCAGAUAUCCAGCCCCAGCAGACCCAUGAUAGCCGUCUUCAUCACCAGCAGCCCUUCUCGCGUACCAGCUUCCCCAUCUACGAAGACCCGGAUGAUAUUGAAGUUCAAUUUCAGGAGAUCAAAGUGAACGUCUUUGCUCCAUGGGACGAGGACAAAGAGAACGUUGAUGAAGCGACCUGGGCAGGUGAACCAGAAGAAGGGGACCGACAGCACGAGAGCAGCACCAUCACGCAGUCGACCAAUCCCACCACCAGUAACGCCGUCAGCCUCUUUGGUGCCAAUACCAUGAUUGAGACAUAUGAUCUCAAUCUACACCCCGAAGUAGAAAUGGAUAUGGACAUGGACCUCGAACUCGAUCUAGAUAAUUUCACCAUGUUCCCUGCCCCUGAUAAUAGCCUCUUCAGCACGCCGACGACAAACUCUACAGACACAAACGCCCUUAACCGGAUUGCGAAUGUUGACCCCACCGCUAUUAAUGGUCACGAUCACGCAUCCGCUUCCGGAUUCUUUGACCCUGAUGCAGCCCGCUUAGAUGUCGGAUCAUGGACCCAGAACCCGGACCUCGUUGCGCCUUACCCAGUGGUUAAUCCCAACCAAGGGCCUUCCAUGAAUGGGGACGACGUGAGCAACUGCAUACUUGAUCCCAUGGCAGAAACUAGCAUGAAUCUCUCCGUGGUAGACUUCGGGUUGCGUGCGGAGGACGACCAGAUCACGCCGGACGCGAGUGGUCUCUGGCUACCUUGGUCCGCCGCAGAGAGCGUGGCUACCUCCUCGGAGGAGAUGGCCAGGCUUGCGCUCGCGAUAGCGCAGCAGCGGGAAGAGGAGCAGCGGGCGCAUGUGCAGGCGCAGAUUGAAACGGCCGUGGGAAGAAAGAGAGUUCGUCGCAGGGCAAGAAGAUUAUGA